AUGUCGGUCCCUACUGUCACAUCCUGGACCGGUGCGCCGAUUCUACUCGGCGUCAUUGGUGGGUCGGGACUGUACAAGCUCGACUCGAUCACGCCGGUUGCCGAGAUAUCGAUCUCUACACCUUGGGGUUCGGCUUCGUCUCCGAUCACUAUUGCCAAGACAUCUGCUGGAAACCACGUCGCUUUUCUUGCACGACAUGGACGCGAUCACGCUAUUCUGCCGUCCAACGUUCCGAACCUGGCCAACAUUGCGGCGCUGAAGCAUCUGGGUGUGAAAGCGAUUGUUGCAUUUUCCGCGGUGGGAUCGUUGCGAGAGGAGAUUGCGCCGAAAGACUUUGUGAUCCCGUCACAAAUCAUCGAUCGUACCAAAGGUGUUCGGAGGGCGAGCUUUUUCGGAUUUGGCGACGAAGAGUCGGUUGUGGCGCAUGCUGGAUUCGGCGAUCCGUUCUGCGAGACUCUACGACCGAUCGUGUACUCGACUGUGCAAGCUACGCUUGCUUCGCACCCGAUCAAGGUGCAUACGGAUAAGACAGUGGUGUGUAUGGAAGGACCGCAGUUCUCGACGCGCGCAGAAUCGCUCAUGUACCGUACGUGGGGCGGUGACAUUAUCAACAUGUCGGUCCUCCCCGAAGCCAAGUUGGCGCGCGAAGCCGAAAUUGCCUAUGUGCUCAUCGCCACCGCCACCGACUACGAUGCCUGGCGCCCCUCCACCGCCGCCGUCAACGUCGCAGAGGUCAUGGAAAGCCUCAAAGCCAAUGUGGAAGCCAGUAACCUCGUCACCACCAAGGUCCUCGAUCGCGUCUGGCUCGAAAUCGACACCGACGAAAAACCCGCCGUCAAGAACAUCAAAGACUCGACCAAGUUCAGCAUCAUGACAAAGUCCCAAGUCAUCCCCGACAAGGCCAAGCAGAACUUGAGGUUCUUGCACCCUUGGUUCGCCAGAGACUAA